GUGUGUGAGCAGGUGAAGACGUGUUCGAGACUUUUCCUCAGGAUGAAAAUAAAAGCGAUAAUAGGGGAAGGGAGUUUCGGGAAUGUGUCGCGUCUGCAGAACAGUUUUAUUAGCAGCUUUUAAAGAUUCAGCGGGGCGGAAAACAUCUGUUUUCAACUAAACCGACAAUAAUCCGGCGACAGGCGCUCACACGCGACCGAACUGAUGAAGGACGGAAGAUUCAAACCUGAAACUCUCGACGGUGUGGUCCACUGCAGCAGUGGGCGUGGCUUUCCUCGGAUCUGACCAAUAGUGAGGCUGAACUCGAGUGAUUGACAGAAGAGCGGCGGAGCACGAGUAUAAGAUGACCUGUGCGCGCUCAGCGACGGAGAGGCAUCACUGGAGAGGUCAGAGGUCAUGAUGUCUGCAGUGAGACUGUUGUUCCUUCUGCUGCUGCCAUGUAUGCUUGAGGCAAAAUCCCUGUUGAAUAUCCUCAAACAGGAAGAUGGUGCUUCAGUCAGUAUCGACUCCAACAAGGCGAAUGAAUUCCUGUCCAGCUCUCGCCCGAGACGCAGCGCCGAUCCUCGCUGGCACAGGCAAAGUCCAGACUUCCAGGCGUAUUACAGAUACUACAGCAGCAUCGGACACACGGAGGGCCUGUACGAGGUCGACAGGAUCCGCAUGCUGUACCAGCAGAUGAGACACCUGGAGCAGGUCUACGGCCCCAACGCCUCGUACUACCAGAGCAAACUAGGGGUUCCUCACCUGCCUCCGCUUCCCAAAUGUGACCCUGCCAAAGACAAGAGCUGCAAGCCAGCUCCGCCCCCAGCCCCGCCCCCAGCUGCAGUCAAAGCCCCCGUGACUCCGCCCAUCACUCAGGCUGAUGUUAUCUAUCUGUGCAACAGUAAAGACCCCCAGUGCAAGCCACACAUCGUGUACAUGCCGAGCGGAGCCGUGCCGGUGCUGUGUGACCCGCGCUAUCACCCCACCUGCAAGCUGGAAGGCCCCACCCCCUCUCCCGCCCCCUCCAAGAAAUACGAUCCGGCCCCGCCCCCUCCACCGGCCCCCAUCGUCUUCAAGGGAAUGGAGUACGACUGCGACCCUUACUGGGACCCUGACUGCCUGAUCGACCGGCCGCCGCGGCCCAUGAAGGGUAAAGCCCCCCCGCCGCCGCCCGAGACAGACGAGGACACGCCGGAGCCGCUGGGGGGCGUCAGUAAGAAAUAUCCACAACCGUAUUACGGCCACCUUUAUCCCUACAACUACGGCUCUGAGCUCUACGACCCGCUCCGACACCAGUACCCCGCGGCAGAGACGCCAGACAGCGCAUAGAGCUUCUGAAUUCAUUGUGAUUCAUUAUGAUUGAUGUUAAGAAAGUUGAAUAAAAUAUGGAGUAGUUUUCA